AGGGGGAAGAGGAAGAGGAGCAACAUGUCGUGGGCAAUGAGAUUCUCGGGGUUCUUCUCAGCCGCAAUGCUGAUGAUAAUCCUCUCCCCUUCCCUGCAAUCUUUCCACCCAGCGGAGGCAAUCCGAUCUUCGCCGCAUCUCGACGGUUACAUCCGCCAGCCAGACCCACAGAACCGCUUCUCCUUCCGCAAGGCCUCUCCAUUCCGCAAUGCCGAGCAAUGCCGUCCCAACAACCGCACCCUAACCACCGUCUGCGACCCUUCCCUUGUCCAUGUUGCCUUAACCCUCGACCUCGAGUACCUCCGCGGCUCCAUCGCCGCCGUCCACUCCAUCCUCCAGCACUCUCUCUGCCCUGAGAACAUCUUCUUCCAUUUCCUUGUCUCCGACACCAAUCUCGAUUCCCUCGUUCAAUCCACCUUCCCGCAGUUGAACUUCAAGGUAUACUACUUCGAUCCCAAUAUCGUUCGCAACCUGAUCUCAACCUCCGUCAGGCAAGCCCUAGAGCAACCGCUAAAUUACGCCAGAAAUUACCUCGCUGACCUUCUCGAAACUUGCGUCAACAGAGUCAUCUACCUCGAUUCCGAUCUGGUUGUCGUCGACGACAUAUCCAAGCUCUGGAGCACCAGCCUGGGCUCCAGGACCAUCGGAGCACCCGAAUACUGCCACGCCAACUUCAGCAAGUAUUUCACGGCGGCGUUCUGGUCGGACCACCGCUUCGCCGGGACAUUUGAGGGGCGUAGGCCCUGCUACUUCAACACGGGGGUGAUGGUGAUGGAUCUGGUGAGGUGGAGGAGGGAAGGGUACACAAAGAGGAUAGAGAGGUGGAUGGAGGUUCAGAAGAGCGCACGGAUCUACGAGCUCGGGUCUUUGCCGCCGUUCCUUCUGGUGUUCGCGGGACACGUGGCGCCCAUCGAGCACCGGUGGAACCAGCAUGGAUUGGGAGGUGAUAACGUUAAGGGAAGCUGCCGGGACCUCCACGCUGGCCCGGUGAGCCUCCUGCAUUGGUCCGGCAGCGGGAAGCCGUGGGUCCGCCUCGAUUCCAAGCGGCCUUGCCCCCUUGACGCUCUUUGGGCGCCGUUUGAUUUGUACGGAUACACUCACUGACGAUGUUGUUGAUUGUGAAAAUGAAGAUGAAUCAUUUCUGCGCCGAGAAGGUGGAAGACACGUAUGUUGCACAGCUUGAAAAGAUUGCCUAGUUGUCCAAAGUGAACGCAGUGAAGGGCCAGGGAAGGGGGGCUACAAUCAAUCAACUCAAAAAAAGCAGUGUUUAAAAUGGGGUCAUUUCAUCAAAGGGCAUAUGCAUAUCAAAUCUUGCGAGCAAUCUGUUUCUGUGGAUUGAGGUGGCAGCUAAGCAAACUUGGCGGGGGUUCUCAAAGGGGAAACAAUGUGUUUUUCGGUGGUGGCCGCGAGCGGCGGGGAAUUUAUGAUAUGGGAUGAGAAAUAUAAAUAGAUUGAUAGGUAGAGGAUAUAUACUCUUAUUAUUUUUUUGUCCUUUGCACCCACCGCAUGCAUAGCUGGCAUUGGCAAUUGUUCUUGUGUUUCUGUUUUUACUCUUUCAGUUCCACCAUUAGAUUUUGGAUUCACACUUCUUCAUUUUCUCCCUUAAUACAAUAAAUGAAACUCGUGUCCAAUUCCACGAUUCCUGA